AUGACUGAGCCACGCCAGGAGUUCAACGUGAUGGAAGAUCAUGCUGGGACGUAUGGGCUCGGGGAGAGGAAAGAUCUCUCCUCUCAGGGGGGCUACACCCUGCUGCAGGACCACGAGGGUGACAUGGACCAUGGCCUGAAAGACUCUCCCCUGCAGACCUCCACCGAUGAUGGAGCUGAGGAACCAGGCUCAGAGACCUCUGCUAAGAGUACGCCGACGGCCGAAGACGUGACAACGCCCCUAGUGGAUGAGAGAGCAUCAGGCAAGCAGCCCCACACGGAGAUCCCAGAAGGAACCACAGCUGAAGAAGCAGGCAUUGGAGACACCCCCACCCUGGAAGACCAAGCUGCCGGGCACGUGACUCAAGAGCCUGUUCAAAAAGGCGUCCUCGCUGAGCCUGGGAACCGUGAAGGCGAGGCCACCAACCCAGGGACCCUGGGUCUGAUCCCGCAGCCUGCACCCGACCUGCCUGGAGCUUCCAUCCUGUCUGAAGGACCCAGAGAGGCCCACCAUCCAGGCCUGGAACCUGAGGACACAGAGGGAAACCACUGCGACCCCCAGCUGCUGAAGCGCCAGCUUUGGGAAGAACUGCCCCCAGCGGGGCCCCCUCUGAAGGGUGGACAAAGCAAAGAGAGGCUGGCGGGCGAGGAGGAGAUUGAUGAAGACCGCGACAUCGAUGAGUCCUCACCCCAGGACUCCCCUCCUUCCCAGAUCUCCCCCAAACCACCGAUCUCCCAAACCCCAGUUGGGCCACACUCCCUGCCCUUUUCCAGAGACACCACUGGCACUCCCGAUUUCCCAGUUGAGGGUGCCAUCCCCCUCCCUGUCGGUUUCCUCCCUGAAGCAUUCACAGAGACCCAAGUCUCAGAGUCUGCCAUGCCCAACACAGGGCCGACGACGACCAAGGGACACGAUGCUCCAGCCGAGUUCAUGUUGCAAGUGGAAAUCAAAGCUAAUGUGAAGGAACCGGAAUGUUCCGAGUUGGAUUUGGAAGGAACCGCACUUCCAGGAAGCCCUGGAAAAGAGCCCGAGGCCCAGGAGCCCCUUGUGGGAGAGGACACCCAAGAGACCGACUUUCCAGAAUCUUCUGAAAAGCAGCCUGCAGCUAGUCGGCCAGGGAGGCCCGUCAGCCGGGUACCUCAACUCAAAGCUCGCAUGGUCAGUAAAAGCAAGGAUGGCACUGGAAACGAUGACAAAAGAGCAAAGACAUCCACAUCUUCCUCUGCUAGAACCCUGAAAAAUAGGCCUUGCCUUAGCCCCAAACGCCCCAGUCCUGGUAGCUCAGACCCUUUGAUCAAACCCUCCAGCCCUGCCGUGUGCCCAGAACCAUCUUCCUCUCCUAAACACGUCUCAUCUGUCACACCCCGAAUUGGCAGUUCUGGAGCAAAGGAGAUGAAACGCAAGGGGGCAGAUAAAACUGGAACGAAGAUCGCCACACCCCGGGGAACCGCCCCUCCAGGCCAAAAAGGCCCAGCCAAUGCCACCAGGAUUCCCUCGAAAACCACACCCACCCCAAAGACACCGCCCAGCACCGCAACCAAGAAAGUGCAGAGAAAACUACCCCCUCCUGGGGAAAACUCUGAGCGAGGUGAAUCUGGAAAAUCUGGAGACCGCAGUGGCUAUAGCAGCCCCGGCUCUCCGGGCACUCCUGGCAGCCGGUCCCGCACCCCGUCCCUGCCCACCCCGCCCACCCGGGAGCCCAAGAAGGUGGCAGUGGUCCGCACCCCACCCAAGUCACCGUCUUCAGCUAAGAGCCGGCUGCAGACGGCGCCCGUGCCCAUGCCGGACCUGAAGAACGUCAGGUCCAAGAUCGGCUCCACUGAAAACCUGAAACACCAGCCCGGAGGCGGGAAGGUGCAGAUAAUUAAUAAGAAGCUGGAUCUUAGCAACGUCCAGUCCAGGUGUGGCUCAAAGGAUAAUAUCAAACACAUCCCCGGAGGUGGCAGUGUGCAAAUAGUCUACAAACCAGUCGACCUGAGCAAGGUGACCUCCAAGUGUGGCUCAUUAGGCAACAUCCAUCAUAAACCAGGAGGUGGCCAGGUGGAAGUGAAAUCUGAGAAGCUGGACUUCAAGGAUAGAGUCCAAUCCAAGAUCGGCUCCCUGGAUAACAUCACCCACGUCCCUGGCGGAGGGAAUAAAAAGAUCGAAACCCACAAGCUGACCUUCCGUGAGAACGCCAAAGCCAAGACAGACCAUGGCGCAGAAAUUGUGUACAAGUCUCCUGUGGUGUCGGGGGACACGUCUCCACGGCACCUUAGCAACGUCUCCUCCACUGGCAGCAUCAACAUGGAAGACUCGCCCCAGCUUGCUACACUAGCUGAGGAAGUGUCUGCUUCCUUGGCCAAGCAGGGUUUGUGA